UAGAACACAACAACACAAUCAUGUUUCUAUCUGGCAGUCCAUCUGUCCUUUGGACCAAUGACUACUUCUUGAGUAGCAAGAGUGAAAUUUAAAAAAAAGUUUCAAUGAUCACACUUGCAAGUCCAUGAAAAUGUACUCACCUAACGUGACUCGGGAGCAAGGUGCAGCUGCAGCACAGGGGCCUCUGGCUUCCCAGCUGCCUCAAGUUCUGGCGACUUAUUCAUUAUUCAUCUCUUUUCAUCCUCGUUCUUGGGAGCAGGGCUCCCUGCGCUGGGUUUAGUCCCAUCUCUGGGCCGCUUGAACAAUGGCAGCAGCCUCAGAGGUGAGCAGUGAGCAUACUGAAGACAAAACAGGGAAACACCUAUAUGGAUUAUUUCACUAUAACCCCAUGAUGCUUGGACUGGAAUCACUCCCUGACCCCAUGGACACCUGGGAAAUUAUAGAGACUAUUGGCAAAGGCACUUAUGGCAAGGUCUACAAGGUAGCCAACAAGAGAGAUGGGAGUCUGGCUGCAGUGAAGAUUCUGGACCCUGUCAGUGAUAUGGAUGAGGAGAUCGAAGCCGAAUACAAUAUUCUGCAGUUUCUCCCCAGCCAUCCCAAUGUUGUGAAGUUUUAUGGAAUGUUUUACAAAGCUGAUCGCUGUGUGGGAGGACAGCUGUGGCUGGUUCUGGAGCUAUGUAAUGGGGGCUCUGUCACUGAGCUUGUCAAGGGCCUCCUGAGGUGUGGCAAGCGGCUGGACGAAGCUGUGAUCUCCUACAUUCUGUAUGGAGCCCUCUUGGGCCUUCAGCAUUUGCACCGUCACCGAAUCAUCCACCGAGAUGUGAAGGGGAAUAACAUUCUUCUGACGACAGAAGGAGGAGUUAAGCUCGUUGACUUUGGUGUCUCUGCUCAACUUACAAGCACACGCCUACGGAGAAACACAUCAGUUGGGACCCCAUUCUGGAUGGCUCCUGAGGUCAUUGCUUGUGAGCAGCAGUAUGACUCAUCCUAUGACGCUCGUUGUGACGUCUGGUCCUUGGGCAUCACAGCCAUUGAGCUGGGCGAUGGAGACCCUCCCCUCUUUGAAAUGCAUCCUGUGAAAAUGCUCUUUAAGAUCCCAAGAAACCCUCCACCCACUUUGCUGCACCCCGACAACUGGUGUGAGGAAUUUAAUCACUUCAUUUCACAGUGCCUUAUUAAAGAUUUUGAAAAGCGGCCUUCGGUCACCCAUCUCCUGGACCACCCAUUCAUUAAAGGAACUCAAGACAAGGUUUUGUGUCUUCAAAAACAGCUGGCCGAGGUGCUCCAAGGCCAGAAGCAUCGAAACCCUGUUGCUAAAACCAGGCAUGAAAGGAUGCAUACCGGAAGACCUUGUCGAGUGGAGGAUGCUGGCAAAUGCUGCCUUGAGGAUGACUUGGUCAAUCUCGAGGUCCUGGACGAGGAUACAAUUAUCUACUGGCUGCAGAAGCGGUAUGCAGAUGGGCUGAUCUACACCUAUGUGGGAGAUAUUCUAAUUGCCUUAAACCCCUUCCAGAAUCUAAGCAUAUACUCUCCACAGUUUUCCAGGCUUUAUCACGGGGUGAAACGUUCCUCGAAUCCCCCACACAUAUUUGCAUCAGCAGAUAAUGCUUAUCAGUGUUUGGUUACUUUCAGCAAAGACCAGUGUAUUGUCAUCAGUGGAGAAAGCGGAUCGGGGAAGACAGAAAGCGCCCAUCUGAUCGUUCAGCAUCUUACUUUCUUAGGAAAGGCCAACAAUCAGACCUUACGCCAGAAAAUUCUCCAAGUGAACUCUCUGGUGGAAGCCUUCGGGAACGCCCGCACAGCCAUCAAUGAUAACUCCAGCCGCUUUGGGAAGUAUCUAGAAAUGAUGUUCACACCAACUGGAGCUGUUAUGGGGGCGAGAAUCUCGGAGUAUCUCCUUGAAAAAUCCAGAGUUAUACAGCAGGCAGCGGGAGAGAAAAAUUUUCACAUAUUUUACUAUAUUUAUGCUGGUCUUUAUCACCAAAAGAAACUUGCUGAAUUCAGACUUCCUGAGGAGAAGCCUCCGAGAUAUAUAGCUGCCGAAACUGAAAGAGUCAUGCAGGACAUCACUUCCAAAGAGUCUUACCGGAGACAGUUUGAAGUGAUUCAGCACUGCUUCAGGAUUAUUGGAUUCGCUGACAAGGAGGUACACUCUGUGUACAGAAUUCUGGCUGGGAUUUUGAACAUCGGCAACAUUGAGUUUGCAGCUAUUUCCUCUCAACACCAAACUGACAAAAGUGAAGUACCCAAUUCUGAAGCUUUGGAAAACGCUGCCCGCGUGCUCUGCAUCAACUCUGAAGAGCUUCAGGAGGCCCUCACCUCCCACUGUGUGGUCACACGAGGCGAGACCAUUGUUCGAGCCAACACAGUGGACAGGGCUGAAGACGUCAGGGAUGCCAUGUCUAAGGCCCUCUAUGGGAGGCUGUUCAGUUGGAUUGUGAAUCGAAUCAACACACUCCUGCAGCCUGAUAAAAACAUAUGCAAUGCAGAGGACAGGAUGAAUGUGGGCAUCUUGGACAUUUUUGGCUUUGAGGAUUUCCAGAGGAAUUCCUUUGAACAGCUCUGCAUAAAUAUUGCCAAUGAACAGAUCCAGUACUACUUCAAUCAGCACGUGUUUGCUCUUGAGCAGAUGGAGUACAAGAACGAAGGCGUCGAUGCUGUCCUGGUGCAGUAUGAAGACAAUCGCCCACUCCUGGACAUGUUCCUCCAAAAACCCUUGGGCCUUCUGGCACUUUUGGAUGAAGAAAGUCGGUUUCCCCAAGGGACAGACCAGACCUUGGUUGAUAAAUUUGAAGACAACCUACGGUGUAAGUUCUUCUGGAGGCCCAAAGGAGUGGAACUCUGUUUUGGCAUUCAGCAUUAUGCCGGACCGGUGUUAUAUGAUGCUUCUGGGGUUCUUGAGAAAAACAGAGACACCCUCCCUGCUGAUGUGGUGGUAGUCCUGAGGACGUCUGAGAACAAACUCCUUCAGCAACUGUUCUCAAUUCCUUUGACCAAAACAGGUAAUUUGGCGCAAACCAGAGCUAGGAUCACAGCAUCCUCGAGAUCUUUGCCUCCACAUUUCAGUGCUGGGAGGGCUAAGGUAGACACCCUAGAGGUGAUUCGACAUCCAGAAGAAACCACGAACAUGAAGAGACAAACCAUGGCUUCUUACUUCCGGUAUUCCCUGAUGGAUCUGCUCUCCAAAAUGGUGGUCGGACAGCCCCACUUUGUUCGUUGCAUUAAGCCUAAUGAUGACCGCAAGGCCCUGCAGUUCUCCCAAGACAGAGUUUUAGCCCAGCUUCGCUCUACAGGGAUCCUGGAGACUGUCAGCAUUCGCAGACAGGGCUACUCCCAUCGAAUCCUCUUUGAAGAGUUUGUAAAACGGUAUUAUUACUUGGCAUUCCGAGCACAUCAAACACCUCCUGCUAACAAAGAGAGCUGUGUUGCUAUCUUGGAAAAGUCCAGAUUAGAUCACUGGGUCCUGGGGAAAACAAAGGUUUUCCUCAAAUAUUACCAUGUUGAGCAAUUAAAUUUGCUUCUUCGAGAAGUCAUGGGCCGAGUGGUCAUGCUGCAGGCAUAUACCAAGGGCUGGCUCGGAGCGAGGAGAUACAAGAGAGCCAAAGAGAAGAGAGAGAAGAGCGCCAUAACCAUCCAGUCGGCCUGGAGAGGAUAUGAUGCUCGGAGGAAAUUUAAGCAAACAAGCCACGGGAGGCGUGAGUCCGCGGUUCACAUUCAAGCAGUUCUCCAAACCACUCCUGAUCAGAAACCCUGUCCAGAUUCAGGAGUGGAAUCCAGCAGUGGGCAUGAAGAGACUUCAAGGAACUGCCCUGCUGAAGCCGACGCAGACUGGCAUCCACAAGCCCAGAGUUCCCCAACAGGCCGUGAUGUCACCUCAGGACAGACAGAUACGGCAGCUGGACAUGCUGUGGCUGAGCUGUCAGUUGCUGGAACCGAUGUGUCGCCUUCUCAGGUGUGCCACACUGCCGCAGAUCACCAAAGACCGAGCCCCUGUGAAGAUUCUCUCAAACCUGGUUCAGAAGAAGGUCUCUCACAGAAGCAGCGAGCACCUCGCAGACGGUGUCAGCAGCCCAAAAUGUUGAGUAGCCCCGAGGACACCAUGUACUAUAACCAGUUAAAUGGAACUCUAGAAUAUCAAGGGAGCCAGAGGAAGCCAAGAAAACUUGGACAAAUCAAAGUACUGGAUGGGGAAGACCAAUAUUACAAAUGCCUGUCCCCUGGGGCCUGUGCCCCUGAGGAAGGCCACUCCGUCCACCCUUUCUUCUUUUCCUCAUCACCCGGAGAAGGUUCCUUUGCUCAACACUGAGUUGCCCCAGUGUGUCCCAGGUAAAAGCAACCGUGGUAACUGAUCAUCUGAGAAGAAGGCACUGUGCCAGGGUUAACUUCUUUGGACACAAUCUGGGCCCUAAACCUUGCUGAACAACUCAACAGAUUACUGAA